AUGAUAAUUUUCAUUUUAUUCACAACAAUACUUUGCUAUAGACCAAUACCUCAAAAUCAAUACAUAAUUUUGUCUACUUCAAAAUUUUGGUUCAAUUAUAGACAAGCUAUCAAUUCUCUAUUAAUUUAUUAGUAAUUAAAAGAAUGGAGAAUAAAUGAUGAUUAAAUUUCUUUAAUGAUUCCUGAGGAUACAGCUUGUAACAGAAAAAAUAGUGUACCAGGUGUAGCUUGUGCAUAUGAUGGAUAAAGAGAGCCAAAUUUACAUAAGAAAGUAAAUUGGGAUUUUAAAAGAAAUGAUGUUAAUAUUAAAUAUUGGAUAGAUGUUAUGCGUAAUAAAUAUAAUAGAUAUGUAAUAUAAAUUAUUUUAUUAAGACACCAUAAUCAAGAAGAUUAACAUUAUCAAAAGAGUAAAAACUUUUAAUGUUUAUGAAUGGACAUGGUGGAGAUGGAUAUACUAAAAUGUAGGAUACAACAUAUUUAUUGGAUUUUGAAAUGGAAAAAAUUACAAAAGAAAUGGAAUUUUUAGAACUUUAUUCAGAAGCCUUUUUAAUAUCUGAUUCUUGUGGAGCAAUAACAUUAUUUGAAACAGUGAAAGCUAAAAAUAUGAUAUUAUUAGGAUCAAGCUCUUUAGGAGAAAAAGCAUAUUCUCAUGGAAGAUGUUCACUUUUAUAGAUUCCCAAGACAGAUAAAUUUUCUUUAACAACUCAUAAUUGGUUAAGAAAAGAAUUAGAUAAAAGACCAAAUUUAACUCUUCUUGAUUAAAUUAACUAAUACGAUUAUUCAUAUCACAAAGCUAAUUCAAAAUUAAUUAUUAAUAUGGAAAAAAAAGAGGCUAAAGAUGUAAAAUAAUAAUUAAAAUAUUUUAGAUUAAAGCAGCAGAUUUUUGGAAACCAAAACAACCCACAUUUAAUUAUUUCAUUUUAAGAAAUGAUUAAGAUAUUUUAGCUUAAUAAGAGUUUUUAGAAUUGAUGAAGGCAUGAUUUUUAUUAUUAUUUUAUGUGCAA